UCCGAAGUUCAUAAAUAUGGUUACUAAAAUGUUUGCAAAAUGGAGUGCAGCUUCAUUGGGGCGGAAAACUUCAGUGUUCUGGAAACGUUUAUUAAGGAGCCAAAAACAUUGUUUUUUUGCACUCCUGGCCAUGUUUACGGUCACCAGCGUCGUUUAUUUGUUCACCGGUUACAGGGAGCCUCUGAAACCUUUUCCUUUCAACGAGAAAACGAAUCAAAUACGUAUGAAUGAAGAAUUUCUGCAAAGGGAUAAAGGCACGGGUUGCGAUAUGCCCCAAUUGGAUCCCUUCUCCGAUGUGGCCAUGAGAUACGUUAAGGAGACACCGAAGAUUGUCUGCGAUGGAUUAGAUUGGGUCGAUUGUUAUCAUUCAAAAUGCUACGUCAUCAAGGAGAUUUUGAGCAAAAUGAAGGAUGUGGUGUGUAAUUACAAGGACAUCGUCCAUGUGAACGAUCAGCAUUAUUAUAUCGGCGAUCCGGUUAAGGUUUACGGCAAUGGAUCAUAUCGGUUGAACAGUAGCGACCAUGUGAAGGUUUCGUGUAAGGGCGUCGAUAAGAAUGGAUUAGGUAUAAUAUCGCAAAGAUGGUUCGGCUAUAAGUCCGGUCUGCGUCCAGUACCUAAGCCCCUCGUGAGUCAAGCCGGUCGCGAAAACACCUCCGAUAUACUGAUACUGGGCUUCGAUUCGACAUCUCGCAACGGUUUCAUCAGAAAGAUGCCCAAAUCAUACAAAUUCCUUAAGGACGUACUUAAUGCUACUAUUAUGAAAAGUUAUAACAUAGUGGGCGAAGGAACUUCGAAUGCUCUGUAUCCGAUACUAACCGGCCUAGAGCUACCUGACUGGGAGAGUUUUCCCAAAGACAAAACCAUGGACCAUAAGACGUUCUUGUUCCACCACUUGAAGAACGACGGCUAUAGAACAGCAUACUUCGAAGACAUGCCCUGGAUAGGUACCUUCCAGAGGUUUUACCACGGCUUCGACAGCUGCCCCGCGGAUCACUACCUCAGGUCGUUCCUGAUGGAAGAGAGCUCUAAGGGCAGGAAGUGGUGGCACGGCGUCAAGGGCCGAUAUUGCAUAGGCAACGUGCCCCAAUACGGACUCUUGAUGAACCUGACCAAACAGUUUCUAGAUUUAGACGGAAAACAUUUCUGCCUUACCUUCAUAGCUGAUAUAAGCCACGAUGAUUUCAAUGUAAUAUCGACGUCCGAUGAUGAUCUGGUGGCAUUCCUCCAAGACUUUUUGGAUAAGGGGAGACAGAAGAAUACCCUUUUGAUAGUCAUGGGGGACCACGGUGCCAAAUACGAAUCGAUACGUAGGACCUAUCAAGGCAGACUAGAAGAACGCCUGCCCUUGAUGACGAUAAAACUGCCCGAGACCUUAAUUAAAUCCAGGCCAAAUGCACAGCGUGUUUUGGAAGCUAACGCGGAAGUGCUCACAACGCCCUACGACUUGCACACGACGCUGCUAGAUGUGGUCGGUCUGAGGGAACUGGCCAACUCCUAUAAAGUUGAAGGAUCGAAAUUGGAGAGAGGACUCAGCAUGCUGGAGCCUAUACCCAAGUCUCGUUCUUGCGGAGACGCCGGCAUCCUGCCGCACUGGUGCGCGUGUACCAAGUGGAGGAACGUGUCCCGAAGCGACCCGGUCCACCAGCAAGCAGCCACAGUACUGGCCGAGUAUAUAGAUAACAUCACCAACGGACGAAGAUCGUUGUGUGCGAAGCGAACGUUAACUUCUAUCGAUUGGGUAAUGAAGCUCAUCCCGAGCAGUGAGAUGAGUUUGAGAGACGGAAAAAACAAUCGUAAGAGAGAUAACGUAUUAAGAGGAGAUCAAGAAGAGUAUCAAGUUAAGCUGACUAUGAGCCCGGGUGCCGCCGUUUUCGAAGCGACAUUGACUUAUUACGUAAAAGAGGAUUACUUUUUGAUUAACGAACGCGAUAUAUCGAGAAUAAGCUCAUACGGCGAUGAAUCUAUAUGUAUAAGAGAUUCGUAUCCACAGCUAAACAAAUACUGCUACUGUAAGGAUAAAAUGAAUGCGGCUAACUAUGCCUUUGGAUACAGUUUUAGUCUCAUCUAG